UUCAAUUUUUAAUAUUUUUUCGCAGAUAUUUUGUAAAAAAGUACAAAACCAGGCACCAAAAUUUACUCAAAAUGCGUCGCAGUCUCGCCCCCAGUCAAAUGGGGUCCGACGCUGGUCCAAAGGCAUUCAAAAGUCCCCUCUUGGUGGAAGAACGUCAAGCACGACGAUGCAGAGAAAAAACUGAACGCGACAAAUUUGUCGAGCCACCACAGAAAAUGAAGCCAUCUGAGCACGAAGCAAUGAUUGCAAAAAUUCUCGCUCGUGAAUUCCAAGUUCCCAUCCCGGGCUACGUGAAGGAACACUCCAACCGGCAUUUGGGCAUGAAAAGAUCAACAGUUCGUCGGGCACUUCAUGAUCCCUUUGCCUGUAACGCUUUAGUUUUGUGGACCCCACCGGAAAUUAGCGAACAUGAAAAGGUCAAAUUGGAUCAGAGCAAAAUUCAAGUUCAUGUUGUCGUGGAUCCAGUCUUGGGGAAUAUUUUGCGUCCGCAUCAGCGGGAAGGCGUCAAGUUUAUGUAUGAAUGCGUAACUGGAGCCAAAGGAGAGUUCCAAGGUUGUAUCAUGGCUGACGAAAUGGGCUUGGGAAAAACUUUGCAAUGUAUUACGCUUGUGUGGACCUUACUCCGGCAAAGUCCGAAUUGUCGCCCGGAAAUCGUCAAAGCUAUCAUUGUGUGUCCCAGUUCGUUGGUCAAGAAUUGGUACAAUGAGUUUGGGAAAUGGUUGGGAGCGCGUGUAAAUUGCUUAGCAAUCGAUGGAAAUUCCAAGGAGCAGACCACAAAGUCACUUGAGCAAUUUAUGGCGAAUCAGGGAAGAUCUUGCAGUCCAAUUUUGAUCAUCAGUUACGAAUCAUUUCGUAUGUACUCGAAUAUUUUGAAUGAAAGCGAAGUUGGGAUGGUAUUGUGCGACGAGGGGCAUCGACUGAAAAAUUGCGAAAAUCAAACGUACCAAGCACUUAUGGGUCUGCAGACAAAGCGUAGAGUAUUAUUGUCCGGAACACCGAUACAAAACGAUCUCACCGAGUACUUUAGCUUAUUGAAUUUCGUUAAUCCUGGAAUGUUGGGAACAACUCAGGAAUUCAAACGUAAAUAUGAAAAUCCUAUUUUACGCGGACAAGAUGCCAAUUCGACGGACAGUGAAAGAGAAAAGGCCAAUGAACGUCUUCAAGAAUUGACUGCUUUAGUAGAUAAAUGUAUGAUUCGCCGUACUAGCUCGCUUCUCACCAAAUACUUACCCAUCAAAUUUGAAAUGGUCAUUUGCGUAAACUUAUCGACACUUCAACGAGACAUUUACAAGCAAUUUUUGGAAUCGGACGCCAUCAAAAAGAGCAUUUUGAACAAAACGGACUCCACAAAGUCAACAUCUUCCGCAUUGUCGAAUAUCACGUCGUUGAAAAAGUUGUGCAAUCAUCCAGAUUUGGUGAUGGACAAAAUUACAGAAAAGGCGGAAGGAUUUGAAAGAGCUCUCCCCCUCUUGCCUCCGAAUUACAAUAUGCGAGAUUUGUUGCCGGAAUUAAGUGGUAAACUACUGUUACUCGAUACGAUGCUCGCCUCCAUCAAAGCAAACACCAGUGAUAAAAUAGUUCUCGUAUCGAAUUAUACGCAAACGUUGGAUCUCUUUGAAAGGCUCUCGCGGAAGCGUGGUUACAGUUAUGUACGGCUCGAUGGCACCAUGACAAUCAAAAAACGUGCAAAAGUUGUCGAGAGUUUCAACAAACCUGAAUCGAAGGAAUUUAUUUUUAUGCUUAGUUCAAAGGCAGGCGGAUGUGGAUUGAAUCUGAUUGGAGCCAAUCGUUUGGUAAUGUUCGAUCCAGACUGGAAUCCGGCAAAUGAUGAGCAAGCAAUGGCUCGAGUAUGGCGCGAUGGUCAAAAGAAACCCUGUUACAUUUACAGAAUGUUAGCUACCGGAUCCAUCGAAGAAAAGAUUUUUCAACGGCAAACACACAAAAAAGCCCUUUCCAAUACCGUGGUCGACAGUAAUGAGGACGGAGAACGGCACUUUACGAAGGAUGAUCUCAAAGAUUUGUUCAAGUUGGAAGACAAUGUUGUUUCGGAUACACAUUCAAUAUUCAAAUGCAAUCGCUGCAUCAAAAACAUUCAAGUAAAGCUACCACCGGAAGACAGUGAUUGCACAUCGGAUUUAUCGCAAUGGUUUCACUGUUCCAACAACAAAGGUAUUCCCGACGAGAUUUUGGCACGUUCUUGGGACAUUACGCGAGCCAUUUCUUUCGUAUUUCACCAUCGUUCGAGUGCCGUAGCCACGGAAAAGGUAAUCCAGCCGGAUGACGCGAAAGAAAAAACGACUGAAAAAGUUUACAUGAGCGACGAAGAGAUUUUCGAUGAUGAAAAGGAAAACGACAAUAGCAGCGACGAAGACUUUACCCUUUAAAUUACAUUUCCUUAAUUCAUAUUUAUUAUUUGUUCAAACUAA